AUGCCAACGACCCCAAAGAAUUUGGCUCCGGCGACCGCACCAGUAGAGAAGGCUUCGGAUGCGAUGGACUUGGAUCCCCAAGCAUCGACGUCCUCGGCAGAUACCCAAAUACGCCGCGCGUCUCCGGAAGUAAGAGUCCUCUCCAAGGAGGAAAAAAUUCAACUCCUCACCAAAGAACACAUCCUUCUUUGGAAGAGGUACGAAGCGUUACGACCAUCCGGCGCUACGGAGGAGCUCAAAGUACUCCUCGGUCUAGCGCAGGAGAGUCAGAAGACUCUCCAGAAACUAAUCCCUCGAGCCGAACUCGAAGAGUACGUCAGGGGCUGGAACCCCUGGACGGUCAAGAAGGAAUUGUAUCCGACCACUUGCAAAGAGGGAGGAGGAAAGAAAAGAAGCUCCUCCUCCCAAACGAGCUCCUCCAAGAACAUGUUAUUCAACGACCCGAGUCGUUGGAAGAGAGUCAUGCGGGGUUGCAACACCCUCGAGGCGGCUUACCGCCACAUGGAUUAG